UGCUGUUCUUGUCCCAGGGUGCGUUGCAAGGAGGGGAUGGUGGCUGAGCUUUCAGGGCUUUGCUGUUUGCAACCCUUUGUGCUUGUUUGUGAGGUGUGUCCUCCUCACCCCGCUGUGCAGAGUGGCGUGAAUUCCUGGUCGUGUACUGGUGUGCACCCACCACCCCUGUGCUACAGGGAUGAGGUGAAUCCUUCUUUUAUCUGACUCCGGUUGAGCUGCUGCUCAGUGUGGAUCUUUAAAGUACCCUGACACUUUCUCUGUGCACCUCACAGCCAUGACUUUCUCAGGUCAGGAGUUCAGCAGAUACAAACUUUUCUGCACGCAGUGGGAACAAACUAAAAAGAAAUCAGAGGAGGUGUGCAGGGACCUUUGGUGGUGAUAAGGUCGUGCUGCAGAGCUGGCACAGCCUGUUUGGUCAAUGUUUCUCGGGGAGCUUUCACAGCCCCCAGAAUGUGGAGCUGCAGGGCAUCUGCUGAGCUGCUGUGGUGGGAAAGCGAUAAGCCGAGAUAAGGAGAAGCGAGUCUGGGGAAAACAAUGCAAUUUUCCUCCUCAAACUGAGCUCAACUUGGGGGCUUCUUGCAGUAGGGCCAAAUGCUGUUUGAGGAGCAGAGGUUUCAUGGGUCCCACCAUGUGUCCAGCGUCAGAACAGAAGAGCCUUUCCCAUGACAAGUGCAGUGUGUCCGGGGACUGUGGGAGAGCCUGACCCUUGGCACUCGUGCAAAAUGCAGAGGGGUUGGUGGGGAAAAGGUCUGUGAUAUCUCUGCUGGGCAGAAAAGUAAAUAUCCCAAAGGAUUUCCUGCAGGCUUCCCAGCCUGGCUUCGUGGUUGAUACAAGCAGCUGGUAGUGGUGGCUGGACAACAAAAAGGGAGACAUCUGAAAUGAUGGGAGCUGAUUUUCACAGCUGAAAAAGACCCUCAAAUGAAAUGCUAUGUUUAAGAGGAAUGGAAGGUCUUAAAUCUGCUUCUCAAUGGGCAAUGAGAUGUCCCAUGCUGAUACGGCUGUAGCAAGGAUGCUGCAGAAAAACUGAUCUAAAUCAGGGCUGAAGGAAGAGUUCGGAAGGACACCUCACCUGCCUGUGGUGCUGGUAGAAAUUUGACCUAUGAGACAGGUCCUGACAUGCUGAGCAGGCACCUUCCUGCUGCGGUCACCCUUACCUUUGGCUCCCUGCAACCCCAGAUGACGUGUGGGUCCCAGGAGACGUGUGGGUCCUGGACAGAGCAUGGUUACCUGGUGAGGUGGGAGUGAGGCAGUGUUGGUCCCUGACAAGGCAUGGGGCCUGAGUGGGGAAUAUGGGUCCUGGGAGAAAUGUGGGUCCCAAGCAAGGUGUGCCUCCCAGGACAGGUGCUCCAGGAUCCCAAACCACAUUGAACACAGAGACAAAGCUGGGAUCUCAGCAUCCCUGUGAGAAACUGGGGAUGGGCCCCAGCUCCCUUUUGGGGUUCAUCCCAAAGUAAGAAGAACAGACCCACAUUCCUUCCUCAGAAAUCAAAUCCCAGCUGCCAGAAUCACCUCUCCUGGUGAGCACUGGAAUCUUCUUCCCAUAACUUUGCAGUUAACAGCUAUGGGGCAGGGCUAACACACCCCAGAGUGGGCGCCGUGCCUGGGGUGCUGAAGACCCUGCAGCGUGCUGGGGUGGCCCCCCCAGUCUGCUGAUGGGUGAGUGUCCCAUCAGCAGCGCGCCAAGGGGAGGGUCCCCAGGGAAAAGUGUGGGGUGUCACCCUUAAACCCCCGCGUCCCCUUCCCCUGCCAGCACUGAGGAGCUCUCUGCCUGCUGGUGCGGCUGGGGGCGGGGGGCAGAGGGGCAGGGCAAGAGUUAACCUACCUGCUCUGCCAUCCCUUUUGGCUCCACCUCGGAGAGCGAGGGGAGGGAAAAGGGAAAAGUAGGAAAAGAGAAAAAAAACAGAAGAGGAGGAGGAAGAGGGCAGAGAGAAGCGCCGGACCGCGGGCAGCCCGGCCAGCAGCGGAGCGACCGCCCCGUCCCACUCCCAGCAUGUUCCAGUGGAAGAAGACCAUCUACAAAACAGGCUGCCUUUCCUUCUUGCUGGUGAUCACAGUGAUGGUGCUGCAACGGGGAAUGGCGCCCAGCCAGUUCAUGCAGGGCCAGCAGCAAAAAGAGCUGAGCCCGCCGGAGCCCCUGAAAAUGCAGAAGAGAGACAACGACAACACAUUCUCCAUGACCAGCACUUUCUGGAAGAGCAAGAAGGAGAAAGCACCGCUGAAGGAGGAGGAGAGUGUGAUGGCAAAGCAAGUGAAAUCCUGGGAUGUCACCACUACCAACUGCUCUGCCAACCAGAAUUUCAGCAAGAUGGACUGGUUCAAAGGGAUGGAGCCCAACUUCCAGCAGUUCCUGCUCUAUCGGCACUGCCGCUACUUCCCCAUGCUGAUCAACCACCCCGAGAAAUGCAGCGGGGACGUCUACCUGCUCAUCGUGGUCAAGUCUAUCAUCACGCAGCACGACCGCCGCGAGGCCAUCCGGAGGACCUGGGGCCAGGAGAAGGAGGUGGAUGGCAAGAAGAUCAGGGUGCUGUUCUUGCUGGGCAUUGCCUCCAAGGAGGAGGAGAGAGCCAACUACCAGAAACUGCUGGAUUACGAGAACCACAUCUAUGGGGACAUCUUGCAGUGGGAUUUCCUAGACAGCUUCUUCAACCUCACCCUCAAAGAGGUCCAUUUCCUGAAGUGGCUGAACAUCUACUGUGACAACGUCCGCUUCAUCUUCAAAGGUGAUGACGAUGUGUUUGUGAGUCCCAGCAACAUCCUGGAGUUCCUGGAGGACAAGAAGGAGGGAGAGGACCUCUUUGUGGGGGACGUCCUCUACAAGGCCAGGCCAAUUCGGAAGAAGGAGAACAAAUACUACAUCCCCAGUGCUCUCUACAGCAAAAACAACUACCCGCCUUAUGCAGGAGGUGGGGGCUUCAUCAUGGAUGGGCCCCUGGCCAAGAAGCUGUACAAGGCCUCAGAGACGCUGGAGCUGUACCCCAUCGACGACGUCUUCCUAGGGAUGUGCUUGGAGGUCCUCAAAGUAUCACCUGUUGGGCACGAGGGCUUUAAAACUUUUGGCAUUGUGAAGAACAAGAACAGCAAGAUGAACAAGGAGCCGUGUUUUUUCCGGGGUAUGUUGGUGGUUCAUAAACUGCUGCCUCCAGAGUUGCUGCAAAUGUGGGACUUGGUCCAUAGUAACUUGACGUGCUCAAGAAAACUCAAUGUCCUUUAGCUCAGUCUCUCUGGAGAGCUGGGACUGGAGGGGCUGGACGACCGAUCCCUGCUCUGGGAUGGGAUGAGCCUCUGCUGGUGGCACUAAAGUCCUUCAGGGGCAUCUCCCUCCGGGGCAAGGGGGGCAGAGACAUUGCGCUCACGGACAGGGUUUGUGAUAGUGUUUGUUCCUGUACUGUAAUGUGGUUCACUUAUCUCCAGCUGGGUUGGGGGUUGUUGAAAAUGAAAAGAGAAAAAAACAAAAAAAAAAAAAGAAAGAAAAAGAAAAAACAAAUCUAGCACAAAAUGCAGAGAGAGAGAGAGAGAGGGCAGAGGGGUCUGUGCCCUGCUUUAGGUACUGCCUCCACCAGAGUGAUGAACAGCGGGGUGGGGGAAGGCAGGGAGGAAUGUGGCACAGGCAUUUUCUGGACAUUUGCAGGGUCUGGCUAUCCAGGGAAGCCACUCCAAGGGAGCCAAGUGGUUUUGAAGUAUGUGAGGCCCCAGGACUUAAAAGUCAAGGGGAUUUUAUUUGUUAUCUCAUCUCAAAUUUCUCCUCCGUGCAAGAUUUGAAUGACGUUGAACCUGUGUGCACUGGGUUCAGCCCUGCCAAAGUCCUCUCUGUGUCCCCACUGCGUGGCUGGGGAAAGGGCCUUUCCCCUGUGGCCAGACCUCACCAGCCCCUGUUACAACUGCUGGGUUUCAGCUGGGCAGUCAGGGGAUUUGGGGCCUUUGUCCCCUAUAGAUGGUCCCAGACGAUGGUGGCUCCAGCACCAGCCCGGGCUGUGCUUGGUUCCCCAGCUGCGCUGUGCGUGCACUCAGAGGAAUGCAAGCAGCCAAAAUUCCUCAGGGAUUUGUUCCUUCUGGCAGGAAAGGACGGGACCGGCUGCCCUUGCCCACGGCCAAGGAAGCAACAGAGAAACUUGGUUGUCCCCAGCUGGAGCAGCCCAGGGGUUUAUCAUACCUGGGACCCAGCUCUGGUGCCGCCGUCACAGGUGUUUGGUGCAGGGACACCCUCCCCUUGCAUCAGGACUACUCUGGUGGGGUUGUUUUGGAGGGGACAACAGCCCCCAGAGACCCUGCACAUGCCCAUGUUGGACUCAACCCCAGUUUUGCAGCGAGUGUGAUGCUCCAGGCCAGCUUGGAGAGCAUUGAUCCCACCCUGGCACGCAGAGCAGGGUCCAAGGCUGCUGUUACGCGCCACGUCUGCUGCUCUCAGGAUUGUUGCAGUGCUUGUUUUGACAGGAUGAUGCCAAGGAGCACAACAGGGAGCAGUAUCAUGAGACAUGACCCUUUAUCUUUGGGCCGAAAGGGCCACUGGAGCUGCUGAGUGCAGCCCCGAGCCAGCUGCUGUGAUGGAAAACCCCUGACGCAGAGAGACACGUGGCCACGCCGGGGCCACAGAUGCUCUUCAGCCACUGACUGCAGGUGUGAGCAAAGCCACAGACAUGUACAAAGCCACCCGUGUGCACGGUCCCCGACAUGCCAGCCCGCAGGCUCUGCAGACGCCAAAGUCCCCGUGCGCAGGGCUUGCACUUGCAGAUGUCCCUGCACAAGGGUGGACCCGCAGCACACCCACAGCCCCGAUCCCGCUGUGAAACACAGACACGUGCACUCGCUCUCUCUCCCUCGAUGGUGCCAGAUAUUGAAAGGAAAAAGUUUUUACUACCUCAAAGGUCCCCCUGUGCAGUGCCUUUUUUUUUUUUUCCUCUUUCCUUUUCUUAAUGUGUUUUGGAAAUGGGCCUGGUUCAUUUACUCCAAGUCUGUGUGUUCCCCGGGUUAGAAAACAAACAAAAAAAAGGGCAUAAACCAGCCAAAAAAAGACACCCUUGUGCCAAGCUACACCGCUUGUCGGCAAACGUCCCUUGUCUGCUCAGACGAUGCACAUUUGAAGAGGAGGAAGAGAACGACCCCGUUGCUGCCCUGGGCUCGGCCACUGGUGACAGGGCCGGGACAACACUGUGAAGUUUUGUUUUCCGAUGCACCCAGUGGCACCGUGUCCCUGGGGCAAGUGCCACCAGUGCCGGGCAGAGCCCCAAGGGCAUUUUCAGUCCUCACCGGGCUGAGGUGGCACACACGCUCCUUCACUUUCCUGUCCCCUCCCUCCUUCCAACAGGACAACGUUCAGAAAUACUUUCCAAAUUGACACCUCAGUAAUAUAUGUCAGGUACAGUAGGCUGUAUGUUUAUCCUACAUGCAGGGACAGCUCCUGCUCUCUAUAGCAACACGUACGUUGAGCCAGGGCUGCAUGCAGAAAUCUCUCCAUGUUGCUCUUCACCUGGUGGGACCUGUACAGAGAAACCCUGUAGAUUGAUGAAUAUUCUAGUUUCUAAAUAAAGGUUGAAAGAAGAAGAAAAAAAGAA